UGGGCUGUUUACAGUGACAGAAGUUCAGAGUUCAGGGCAGCUAGCCAGCUACUACAUAAGCAUCAUCGUUUUCCCUCCAAUAUUGUCAGUGUCUCACAUUCUUCUCUCUCGAUUAGGGUCAUGGCCUCCGAUUCUUUGCUCUCUAAUGGAGUCUACACCCGCGCUACGGCGGCUUCUGAGAACGAACUUAAUCGAUUUGUUGACGUUGCUAACAAGGUCGCUGACGCCGCCGGAGAGAUCAUUCGCAAGUAUUUCAGGAAUAAAUUUGAAGUUCUUGAUAAGGAUGAUUCGAGUCCAGUAACAAUCGCCGACCAAUCUGCUGAGGAGACUAUGAUUUCAAUCAUAUCAGAGAAUUUUCCUUCUCAUGGAAUUUAUGGAGAGGAAAAAGGCUGGAAGUGUAGAGAAAAAAGUGCAGAGUAUGUUUGGGUUUUAGAUCCCAUAGACGGGACAAAGAGCUUUAUCACUGGGAAACCAUUAUUUGGUACCCUCAUUGCGCUUCUGCAAAAUGACAGACCAAUCCUGGGCAUAAUUGAUCAACCUGUGUUGAGAGAAAGAUGGAUAGGGAUAAGGGGCAAAGGAACUACAUUGAACGGACAAGUAGUGUCCACACGUACUUGUGAUACUCUUUCUCGAGCAUACAUGUACACCACAAGCCCCCAUCUAUUUAGUGGAGAUGCAGAGGAGGCAUUUACCCGUGUUAGAAGCAAGGUUAAAAUUCCAUUAUACGGCUGUGACUGUUACGCCUAUGCUCUUCUGGCUUCUGGCUUUGUGGAUCUCGUUGUUGAGUCUGGCCUGAAGCCAUACGAUUUUCUUGCAUUGGUACCUGUCAUAGAAGGCGCUGGAGGCGUCAUAACUGAUUGGAAGGGAAAUCAACUUCUUUGGGAAGCUUCUCCAUUUUCACCUGCAAGAAGUUUUAAUAUUGUGGCAGCUGGAGACAAGCUGAUUCAUCGACAGACUCUAGAUUCAUUACAGUGGAAGUGACUAGAAUUUGGAUGAUCACAUUGUUACCUGACAAGUUCACUGUUAUAUUACUAUCACUCAAUAAGACUAUUAAACUCACUGCUCUGGAGCAGAGAGAUGUAAUCCCCUUACCUUAUUAUGUCACUCGCUUUAGAUGUUUAGAUUUUAUUUCAACGAUUUAGAUG